AUGGAAAUGAGGCCCACGAACCUUUCUCUACAACAAUCAUCUGAUGAGAAUUCAGUUGAGCAACAAAGUCCGCGCGAAGGCGGCUACGGAUGGGUGGUUGUCCUUUGCACUUUUCUCAUUAACGCACAUACAUGGGGAAUAAAUAGCGCCUAUGGGGUCUUACUAUCAUUCUAUCUGUCCCAUGAAAUCUUUCCAAACACCACGCCUUUGGACUACGCAUUUGUGGGCGGCCUCAGCGUAGCAUGUGCUAUGCUCAUUUCUCCGGUGGCUACGUAUAUUGGGAAUCGCUUCUCUGUGCAACUUGUCAUGAAUAUAGGUGCCUUACUUGAGACCACGUCGCUUGUGACGACGUCCUUGGUCCGAAGAAACUGGCAAUUAUUCCUCGCUCAAGGUGUGUGCUUUGGGUUCGGCAUGGGUUGCUGUUUUGUCGGUUCCGUGGGAAUUGUUUCUCAAUGGUUCUGCAAAAAAAGAAGCCUUUCCAACGGCAUUGCUGCAGCAGGCUCCGGAACCGGUGGAUUGAUAUACUCAUUAUCAGUUGGCGCAAUGAUACCUCAGAUAGGGUUUCUGUGGGCUAUGCGGGCCCUUGGCAUUAUUAGCUUCGUGAUCAUCUUGAUAUGUGGCAACCUCCUACGAACCAACAACUCCAAUUCUGGAAGCCGGAAUAUCCUUCAGUUCUCGGUUUUUCGCAAUCCGAAUUACGUCGCUUUAGCCGUAUGGGGGAUUUUGAGUGGUUUUGGAUACGUAUCUUUGCUAUUUAGCCUUUCCAGCUACACAGUGGCGAUGGGCUUCUCAGAAAAACAAGGGAGUGUCGCUAGUGCGCUUCUCAAUCUUGGUCAAAUCAUUGGACGUCCUGCAAUUGGAUGGCUGAGCGACUCACUGGGCCGCACCAACGUUGCUGUAUCCGCUACUUUUAUAGCUGGUUUUCUGUCUUUGGUUAUGUGGCCUUUCGCCACCUCAAUUCCUGUGAUCUACACUUUUGCCAUUAUGGUUGGUCUUGUGGCAGGGACACUAUGGGCUACAGCUUCUCCAUUGACAGCAGAAGUAGUAGGCUCGGCCGAUAUUUCCGGUGCACUAGGUUUAUUCUGGUUCAUCCUCACACCUUCCACGGCUGUGGCAGAAGCAGUCUCCAUGAAGCUCGUUGGCACCGGCUUUGAGCAGAAACCCUAUCUGGGGGUGCAACUGCUUGUUGGUUUCAUGUAUGCGGGGGCUGCUGUCAGCCUACUUCUUUUGAAAACUCCGAGGUGUACAGUGUGCCUAAGGUCGGACGGGAAUACCUGA